AGCAUGAAUAUUUGUGCGUGAAAUUCAGUUUAUAUUUUUGAAAUGCCGAGGGAAAAACGACUCUCUGCAAGACAACUUAAGCACAAAGAUAUAAGCGAUUCUGAAGAAGAUAGCGACUCGGAAACAAUGGUUAGAAGUCCUCCAAAGAAACCUAAAAAGAACAACAUUGGGCCAAAGUAUAUGGGAGAGCCUGGUGAUGAUUUGUCAGAUGAAAACAAUGCUAUCCUGACUCCUGUCAUAAGGACCUCGAAUACAACUACUAUCUUGCCACCUUCUGCUCCAAUUAUGCAACAAACUGUACCAAGCAUACCUCCUGAUGUUCCUGUGCAAAGCUUUCCUUGUGGAACAUGUCGCAAAGAGGUGAGCGAUGAUGACGCUGCAAUAUUCUGUGAAAGUGGAUGCAGCCAAUGGUAUCAUAGGAUCUGCGCCGGUCUAACCGAGCAUGCUUACAACCUGUUGACUAACGAGGAGAAUGCAGAUUGGGUGUGCGACCAAUGUAUAACGAAACAGAAUAUCCCGUUAGUAAAGUUGAAGUCGUGACAACAGAAUAAUUUUGGUAAACAACAUAUGCGACUCAUGGUAGGAUGAUUUUGUACAUAUACUCUAGGGGAUUUUUACAAUAUACGGUUUGGUAUGCUUCGACUAGCUGUGGAAAGCAAAACAGCCAACCAUGAUCAGGUUAUAUUUUAUUUGUAACAUCGAUAUGAAAAAGUUGUAAUUAAGGUAGAUCCGAGAUCGCUAUUUGAGUUGCGAAUCCUACCUAAAGAUACAGACUCUUUCAUGAUACAAUACAUACAUUGUGGGGGAAUUAGAGAACUAUGACAAUGUACAUUCUAUUCUCCCAAAUUCUUACUACACUUACAUAGAGCCAAGGUUGAAAUGCUACCAGUUUUUUACAGUAGGAGGAAAAGAAUUAAAUGUACAUUAAGUUCUUAUGUAAAGUUAAUGGACAAUGCUUAAUUUCAGUUGGUUUCUGGAUAAAAAUAUAACCCCCAUUAUCAUUUCA